GGUAUCCAUUUAGGGCAGUGGAGUUACCAUGGACAAAGAUGUCUUCAGCUUCAAAGAAGACACGUCUCUCAGGUCUGGGUGCGGGAGUCGACCGCGCGCUCAGUGUCGACCUGUUUGCGGAGUUUCAUCUGGGGGAGUCUUAUGCGGGGGUUUAUGAAGCGCAGGGCCCAAACAAUGAGAGCAAGGCCUUUCUGUUUCAAGACUCGUGGAGGAAGGUUCGAGUUCGGGGGCCCGUGGCCGAGCGAAUCACAUCCAAGCUGAGGCAGAGGUCAGAGUUCACCGUGCUGGUGACCCUGAAGCAGGAGCGGCUGAACUCCGGGGUGCUGCUGUCCAUCCACGACGCAGAGCAGAGGUUCCUGGAGGUGGAGAGCUGCGGGCAGCAGAGCGAGCUGAGGGUCCACUACUGGAGCCGGGAGCGGGGGCCACACAGCGAGGUGUUCCCCUACAGCCUGGCCGACGGCCGCUGGCACAAGCUGUCGCUGGCCGUGGGCGGGGCCCGCGUGGCGCUGCACGUGGACUGCAACAGGAUCUACGAGAGAGCCAUCGAGCCCCCCUGGAUGGACCUCAGCAACGACACCUCGGUCUGGCUGGGCCAGAGGAACAAGGCCCACGGGUACUUCAAGGGGAUAAUGCAGGAUGUGAUUCUGCUGGGCAGUAACCAGGGUUACGUCGUUCAGUGUCCGGACCUCAACCGCACGUGUCCCACCUGCAACGACUUCCACGGAUUGGUCCAGAAGAUCAUGGAGCUGCAGGAUGUCUUGGCCAGGACCUCCAAUAAGCUGGCUCGAGCCGAGGACAAGAUGCGGAGUCUGGACGGCUGCUCGUGCGACCGCACGUGCGCGGCGGAGGACGGCGUGGUCUACCGGGAGCUGGACAGCUGGGUGGACGGCUGCAGGAACUGCUCCUGUCUGAACGCCUCGGUGCGCUGCGAGCCGCUGGCCUGCCCCCGCCUGCAGUGCCCGCCCCACAGCGCGGCCGCCUACGUCCCCGGGACCUGCUGCAAGGAGUGCCAGCCGGUCUGCCUGUUCAGAGGCAGGAUGUACGUGGACGGGGAGCGGAGGAGUGUGAGGGACUCGGCCGGCGUCUGUCUGCUCUACCAGUGUCAGGAGGGAGCCAUGGGGAAGGUCAGUGAUUGGUCGUGUCCCGCCCUGAGCUGUCCCGAGUCGGAGCAGAUCUCCCUCACGGACCGCUGCUGCAAGGUCUGCAGAGGCCAUGACUUCUGCGCAGAGGGCUGGGCCGAGCGCUGCGUGGAGAGCUCAGAUUGUGUGAACCUGGAGGCGGGGGCCUACUGCAGCUGCCAGGACGGCUACCGCGCCGCGCGCGACGACAGCGCCUACUGCCAGGACAUCGACGAGUGCACGGAGGGGAAGCACUACUGCCGGGAGAACACGCUGUGUGUGAACACGGCCGGCUCCUUCACCUGCCGCUGCCUGGCGGGCUUCAUCCGAGUGGACGACUACUCCUGCACAGGUGAGCAGCUUAGCAUCGGACGUUAG